UUUUUGAGUGCCUACUAUGUGCCAGCCUGUGCUAGGAACUGGAAACGCAGGCGGGACAUUCCGACGUGUUCCCCGCUCUCCUGGUGCUCACCACCCCGUGAGAGUGAUGUCAUGCGCAGACCAGCAGAGGGCUCCAUGAGGAUUUAUAGAAGAUGCCCCGAGUCUCCGCACCUUUGGUGCUGCUUCCCGUGUGGCUUGUGAUGGUCACCUGCAGUCCCCAAGCCUUGAGGAUUGCUGCUAUCUUGGAUGACCCCAUGGAGUGCAGCAGAGGGGAGCGGCUCUCCAUCACCCUGGCCAAGAACCGCAUCAACCGUGCUCCUGAGAGGCUGGGCAAGGCCAAGGUUGAAGUGGACAUCUUUGAACUUCUCAGAGACAGCGAAUAUGAGACUGCAGAAACCAUGUGUCAGAUCCUCCCCAAGGGGGUGGUCGCUGUCCUGGGACCAUCCUCCAGCCCCGCCUCCAGCUCCAUCAUUAGCAACAUCUGUGGGGAGAAGGAGGUCCCCCAUUUCAAAGUGGCCCCAGAGGAGUUUAUCAAGCUCCAGUCCCAGAGAUUUACAACCCUGAACCUCCACCCCAGCAACACCGACAUCAGUGUGGCUGUAGCUGGGAUCCUGAACUUUUUCAACUGCACCACCGCCUGCCUCAUCUGUGCCAAAGCAGAAUGCCUUUUAAACCUCGAGAGGCUGCUCCGGCAAUUCCUCAUCUCCAAGGACACACUGUCAGUGCGGAUGCUGGAUGACACCAGGGACCCCACCCCACUCCUCAAAGAGAUCCGAGAUGACAAGACAGCCACCAUCAUCAUCCACGCCAAUGCCUCCCUGUCUCACACCAUCCUCCUCAAGGCAGCUGAGCUAGGGAUGGUGUCAGCCUAUUACACGUACAUCUUCACUAACCUGGAGUUCUCACUCCAGAGGAUGGACAGCCUUUUGGAUGAUCGCGUCAAUAUCCUGGGAUUUUCCAUUUUCAAUCAAUCACAUGCUUUCUUCCAAGAGUUUGCCCAGAGCCUCAACCAGUCCUGGCAGGAGAACUGUGACCAUGUGCCCUUCCCUGGGCCUGCGCUCUCCUCAGCCCUGCUAUUCGAUGCCCUCUAUGCUGUGGUGACUGCAGUGCAGGAGCUGAACCGGAGCCAGGAGAUUGGUGUGAAGCCCUUAUCCUGCGGCUCAGCCCAGAUCUGGCAGCAUGGCACCAGCCUCAUGAACUACCUGCGCAUGGUAGAAUUGGAAGGUCUCACUGGCCACAUUGAAUUCAACAGCAAAGGUCAGAGGUCCAACUAUGCCUUGAAAAUCUUGCAGUUCACGAGGAAUGGUUUUCGACAGAUUGGCCAGUGGCAUGUGGCAGAUGGCCUCAGCAUGGACCGCCAUGUCUACACCUCUAACAUGUCCAACAACCUCUUCAACACCACACUGGUUGUCACCACCAUUCUGGAAAACCCAUAUUUAAUGCUGAAGGGGAACCACCAGGAGAUGGAAGGCAAUGACCGCUACGAGGGUUUUUGUGUGGACAUGCUCAAAGAGCUGGCAGAGAUCCUCCAGUUCAACUACAAGAUCCGUCUGGUUGGAGAUGGUGUGUACGGCGUUCCUGAGGCCAAUGGCACCUGGACAGGAAUGGUUGGGGAGCUGAUCGCUAGGAAAGCAGACUUGGCCGUGGCAGGACUCACCAUCACUGCUGAGCGGGAGAAGGUGAUUGAUUUCUCAAAGCCAUUCAUGACUCUGGGAAUUAGCAUUCUUUACCGAGUUCACAUGGGACGCAAACCUGGCUAUUUCUCCUUCCUGGACCCAUUUUCUCCAGGCGUCUGGCUCUUCAUGCUGCUAGCCUAUCUGGCCGUCAGUUGCAUCCUCUUCCUAGUGGCUCGGUUGACCCCUUACGAGUGGUACAGCCCCCAUUCAUGUGCCCAGAGCCAGUGCAACCUCCUGGUGAAUCAGUACUCCCUUGGCAACAGCCUCUGGUUUCCGGUUGGGGGCUUCAUGCAACAGGGCUCCACCAUCGCCCCUCGAGCCUUGUCUACUCGUUGUGUCAGUGGCGUCUGGUGGGCAUUCACGCUGAUCAUCAUCUCCUCCUACACAGCCAACCUGGCCGCCUUCCUGACUGUACAACGCAUGGAUGUGCCCAUCGAGUCAGUGGAUGACCUGGCUGACCAGACCACCAUUGAGUAUGGCACGAUUCAUGGAGGAUCCAGCAUGACAUUCUUUCAAAAUUCCCGCUAUCAGACCUACCAGCGCAUGUGGAAUUACAUGUAUUCCAAGCAGCCAAGUGUGUUUGUGAAGAGCACAGAGGAGGGAAUCGCCAGGGUGUUGAAUUCCAACUAUGCUUUCCUCCUGGAGUCCACCAUGAAUGAAUACUAUCGGCAGCGAAACUGCAACCUCACUCAGAUUGGGGGCCUGCUGGACACCAAGGGCUAUGGGAUUGGCAUGCCAGUCGGCUCGGUGUUUCGGGAUGAUUUCGAUCUGGCCAUUCUCCAGCUGCAGGAGACCAACCGCCUGGAAAUUCUGAAGCGUAAAUGGUGGGAAGGGGGUAAGUGCCCCAAGGAGGAAGAUCACAGAGCCAAAGGACUGGGAAUGGAGAAUAUUGGUGGAAUUUUUGUGGUUCUUAUUUGUGGCUUAAUCGUGGCCAUUUUUAUGGCUAUGUUGGAGUUUUUAUGGACUCUCCGACACUCAGAAGUGACUGAGGUGUCCAUAUGCCAGGAGAUGGUGACGGAGCUGCGCAGCAUCAUCCUGUGUCAGGACAGAGUUCACCCCCGCCGGCGGCGCACUGGAGAGCCACGGCCCCGACCCCCAGGCCCCGAGGAGCACCGGCUCCAGGGCACCGCAACUCUCAGCAAUGGCAAGCUGUGCGGCGCUGGGGCUGGGGAGCCUGACCAGCUGGCGCAGCGACUGGCCCAGGAGGCUGCACUGGUGGCUCGCGGCUGCACUCACAUCCGCGUCUGCCCCGAGUGCCGAAGGUUCCAGGGCCUGAGGGCCCGGCCCUCGCCCGCCCGCAGCGAGGACAGUCUGGAGUGGGACAAGGCCACCAACAGCAGCGAGCCAGAGUAGCCCUCUCGAGGCAGGACUCCCGAAGCCAGGCAGGGAGGCUCCAGGGCCGGGGCGCUACUGGCUGUCCAGAGCCCUGACUGGAAAGCGUCCACACUUCUCUCCGGAUUUUGGAUCCAGGAAAUUUACAAAAAGAUCAAGAGACCAACGCCCCAGCCAGAGACUGUGCCCUGGUCCAGAAGCUGGGUGCACCCAGAGACGUUGCCCACGAGUGGGGAUGGGACGCUCUCCCACCGGACCACCAGGACCUCUCUUCUCCCAGCAGGCCUUUGUUUGCCACCAAAGUGACUGUUGGGGCGGGGGUCCCUCCCAAGCCAGGCCAAUGAAUUGGUGGAAUUUCCCAUUAGGAAGGGGCCAUUGUACUCUGGGUCUAGUUCUUACAAGAAAAAAAGAAUAAACUCAACAGGGAAGUUUUUCUUUUC